AUGAAUUCCAAGGAAUUAACACUAGUCACAGAAGAUUGUUUUGAUAGAAUAUCGUUAGCUAUAUUAUAUGGUGCAAGAUUAUCAAUUCUGGAAGGAUUUCACGCUCUUUUAGUUAGUUUUUGUUUAGGAGUGGAUUCUACUUCCAUUUCAGUUGGGUUAAUAACACGAGUUCUAAGAUUCAUCUCUUUAUUUGAUUCGAACGUUCUAAUCAUUUCUCUUUAUCGUGUUCUUGCAUUCUUCCUAUCAGUG